AACUUCAAAAAUUUUAUUUGCUAGAUAUCAUUAUUUUUUCCAUUGAAAGAUUGUAGUUAACAACGAAUGAGAUGAGGUGAUAAUAACCACUCAAAUAUAUUAUAGCUGAUAAUGGUGAAAUAAGAAUAAUGACAACCACGAUGGUUACGGUUGACGAAGGAUGAAAUGAAUGAAGCAAUGAAGUGAUGAAGCCCACAAUGACUUAACAUUGUCAAACGGCCGGAUCAGGGAGAGCCAAGGCUACUACAGCUACUAGGUUGGGAAAAAAUGAUAGUUGUGGGCCCUCAACCGCGUAGAUAAUGCAAAAGAUGUUAUUUAGAUAUGCAAUGUUAAAUGUAAUUGUAGUAAAGCAUUGAUGUUAGCGACAGCUGUAGAGAUAAAUGUAUAAGAUGAAAUGUCUGUAGUAGUUAUGAAGGUAUCUACAGUGGUUAUGAUAGUGAGCGUAUGGAGCAUUAUAUUUAUAACGAAUAAAAAAAUUUAGAUUUUACUAUCUAAAAUAAAGAAAUUAAAAUUUUUGGGUAGAGACCUAAUAUUUAGUAAUUAGGAUUUAACUGAAUGUAUUUCGAUUUUCAAUCAAAAUUAACUCAUUUUAAAAUUUGACUCUAACAACUAUAAUAAUAGAUACCAUAUAAAAUAACGUGUAGUUUAAUGUCACAAUAAAUCGAUUCCUGCUGUUAGAGCUAGAAAAUGAGAAAAACCGUGUACCCAACAUGAAAAGUUUUUUCCUUAUACAAAAUGUCUCCAAUUUUGCCAAAUGGGAAGCAAUUGUAAACUAAUUUUUGUUUUAAUUGAACAUGUGGUAUUCGGCGGUACGUAGAGCUGUAAAGGUGCAGAACUUAAAUUAAAUAUUAAUCACUGCACUAAACAUGCCUUCUCGCUGCGAAAUUUGUUGUGAACUCCUGAUAAGGCGUGGCUGUUGCAGCGUAGAGUUCUCCAUUUGUCUGCUGUUAACUAUUCUGGGAUAUGUUCCUGGGAUAAUCUAUGCUCUCUACGCCAUUGUUUUUGUGGAUCGGGAUGAGUACUUUGACGAGUACAGGCGUCCACUUUAUUAUUCCAGUGCCUAGCCUUCUUUAAUUAUCUCUCUUUUGCUGUUAUAUGAUGAUGCUGAAACCCUACCCUUUUGCAUUUAAUUAAUUUAACUUGAUAUUGAUGUGUUGCAACUCUUCCAUUAAUGUCGAUGUUGUGCUAUUGUAAUGGUUCUUUGUUCUUGGUUGGAUUUUACAAGUGCUUAAUUUUAACUUAAUUCAAAUUCAAGUUCACUUUUGGUUCUUUUUCUUUAAUCAUAUGUCAAAUGAUGUACAAAGAAACCUGAUGAGAUAGUUGAUCUGCUUCAUACCCAGGAGCAGAAUUACUAGUACUUGGUAUUGUUGCUAGGAUCAGGAUACAGGAGAGAUUAGGAUCACAUACUCAAUCCCUGUUUGAAAGUAGUUAUUGUUCUGAUUGGGUUUUACAUUUAUCAGAUAGACACUGGAUGGCUUUGUAUUUUGUUAUCACUCAUCAGCUACCGUUAGAAACACGGGACUGUUAUUCCUUGGACUUGAGUUGCAUGACAGUGAUAUGUAUGAAUGUCUUUAGGGCUUGGAACUGGCCUGUAGUUUUUAUUUUGUCAAGAAACUUCUAUAGGUGGAACAACUGGUUAGGAUCUUGUGGUCAGUCUGCUUCUUCCCUAUAUCACAUUCUAAACAAGUACCUUUAAGUUUUUAGUUCCCUUGUUAUUGGACAUCCUCCAAAUUUCACUUCAUUGUAUUCAGUAUUCCCUGUUUUGUCAUAUCUUCCAAGUUGAAUUAAUGUCAAACUACAGUCAAUUAUCAAUAUUUUAGAUACUCUGUGACCAGAAUCGCUCCAGCUAAUUAAGAAAACUGGGACUUAAGUAGAUAUAAAAUGGUGACAACAAGAAUAAAAGACUCCUAUUGAUUUUUCUUCUUGUUCCCACAAUUUGAUUUCACAUGUAAGAUGGAAGUUUUGUUUCUGCAAUCUAAUUGGCCUCUCUCUAAAUGACCAUCGACAAUUCAAUUUCCAUCUUGAUUGUAGGUUUCAUUUUUAAUCUUCCACUCUUCUUAUUUGUUGAGUUAGCUACAGUCUGAUCCUUUCCCUGUGUUUUACGAAUAAACUUGUCUGCUUAUUGCUAUUGCCUCUCAGCACUUUGUCAAAUAUAGUUGUGUCUACCUCAUUGCACACAGUUGCUCUUCAUCUUUGUUUCAGUAGCUUGUGUGGGUUGUCUCGUUCCCGUAUAAAGUAACAAUUUAAGAUUGUCUGAACUCUUGUUCAUCACAGUUAGUCCCUAUUUGAUUCAGAAUUCGCUUUCGACAGAUGCAGAAUAGUAGAUUGCAAUUGAUAGGAAAAAGUGAAAAACAGUGAUGGGUACUAUUAGCAAUAUCUUGCUUCUUUGCUGGUAUACUAUUUUUGCAGAAUUUCUCAUCCUUACAUGUAGGAUUAAAUCCCUUGGUGAACUGCAACUAACCUAUUUCAUGACCUACAAGCUAAAACCUUUGUGAAACCACAUAUGAUGAACAAAGGUGUAAAUUGGAGAAAGUAUGAAUUGGAUCACUAUUGGUAUGACUAUGAAUUAUGACUGAAAAAAGUAGUUUUUCAUAUACCCAAUGCAAUAUCGAACUUGCAGGAUUUGAAGGAUAUAAAGAAGCCAAAAUUUUGUAUACCCAGGUCAGAUUGGAGGUUGUAUGAUAAGAGGCUUCAGACUGAUGUUUUCCGAAUCUAAGAGAAAGAAAAAGGAACAUGCUUCCAAUUGCUUAGCUUUGUAUUUGCUUAUUACUGUAUUAUGAAUCAUCUUUUCAUGUUUCCUUGUAUUAACGGUUGGUUUUUUGGCUCAAGUUGUGGUAAUACUUAUUUCCUCUAUUACUAGUUUCCCAUUUGUCCAUUAUUUGAUUCCUGAACGGGUAAAUGGAAAUGGCCAAUGUGCCUAUUUUGAAUUGUCAUAUAUGAUGGCUAGUUUCAUUUUUGUAUGGGCAUGGGGAAGGUAUGUUUCUUUCCAGGCUUGAACUUGCCACUAGUGUGGUACCAUCCAUGAACUGUGAAAUAAAAGAGGUCAAAGUUAGAAUGUUAAAUGGAGUAUAUGAAAGAUCUGUAGCUAGCUUAGGAUGAUAUUUAGUGAUUCAUGUUAGAGAUGGGGAAUUCAAGGCUGUAAAACUUAAAUAAACAGGAUUCAACAAAAAAAGUUUAGUUAAAGAACAAAAAAAAAAAAAAAAAUAGCUUAGUCUCGUGUAUAAACUAACAAUUUAAGGUUGUCUGAACUCUUGUUCAUCAUAAUUAGCCCCUAUUUGAUUCAGAAUUCGCUUUCGACAGAUGCUGAAUCUUAAAUUGCAAUUGAUAGGAAAAACUGUGAUGGGUAUUAUUAGCAUUUUGUUGCUUCUUUGCUGGUAUACUCUCUUUGCAGAAUUUCUCAUCCUUAAAUGUAGGGUUAAAGCCUUUGGUGAACUGCAACUUACCUGUUUCAUGUCCUACAAGCUAAAGCCUUUGUGAAACCACAUACAAUGAAAAAAGGUGUCGGUUGGAGAAAGUAUGAAGUGGAUCAUUAUUGGUAUGACUAUGAAUUACGACUGAAAAAACUAGUUUUUCAUAUACCCAAUGCAACAUCGAACUUGAAGGAUUUGAAGGAAUAAAAGAAGCCAAAUUUUAUUAUACCCAGGCCACUUUUUCAUACUGAGAGACAUGAGUAUUGGAGGGUCUAUGAUGAGAGAUUUCAAACUGAUGUUUUCCCAAUCCAGGAGAAAGAUAAAGGAACAUGCUUUCAGUUGUCAACAGUUGAAUUACUGUAUUAUGAAUAGCUUUGUAUUCGCGUAUUACUGUAUUAUGAAUCAUCUUUUAAUGUUUCCUUGUAUGAACUAUUGUCUUUUUUUUUUUUGGUCUUAAGCUGUAGUAAUACUUAUUUCCCCUAUUAGUAGUUUCCCGUUUGUCCAUUGUUUGAUCCCUGAAAGCGUAAAAGGAAAUGGCCAAUGAACCUGUUUUGAAUUGUCAUAUAUGAUAAUAUGAGAG